UAGAAUAGAACCCGUAACCAUAAUUAGGUUAAUUUGCCUGAUAAAUAAAUAAAUAAAACUCUUCCAUGAAAACAAUGCACUAAAAGUGGCUAAAAAUUGAAUUUAAUAUGAAUCUCAAAUUUCUAGACAAAUGAAACUUAAAAUGCGUUUAUAUUUAUAUUUAGAUGUAGCAGUUAUUAUUUCAAUAUUUGUAAUAAUUUUUUAUUUGUAUAGUAUUAAGCAAAUAAGUCAAAAAGAACAACUUUAUUCGGAAUUAUCUACUACGGAAAAUCUAUUUUAUAACAACAAUGAGUUGGUGGUCGCAGUUGUGGCUUGUGGAGAUCGUUUAAAUGAGACUCUAACUUUAAUAAAAUCAGCAUUAAUGUUUAGCAAAGGAUACCUGAACUUUAUUGUAAUAGCAGAAGAUAAACUUAAAGAGAAUUUAAAUGAAAAGUUGAGUGAAUGGAAGGAAUUCACGCAUAACGGAUUUUCGUAUAGAAUUCUUCCAUUGAACUUUCCCACCAAGGAUGGCAGUGAAUGGAUGAAACUGUUUAAACCAUGUGCUGCUCAAAGGCUUUUUUUACCUGACGUUUUGCCGGAUGUGGAUGCAUUACUUUACAUGGAUACUGACACAUUAUUUUUAACCCCCGUUGAAAGCAUUUGGAGAUACUUUAAUAAAUUUAACGCCAGUCAAAUGGCGGCUUUGGCCCCAGAGCAUGAAGAUCCAGCUAUUGCGUGGUAUAACCGCUUUGCAAAACAUCCCUAUUAUGGAAAGUUAGGAGUAAACUCGGGCGUGAUGUUGAUGAAUCUAACAAGAAUGAGAUUAUUCAAGUGGACUGAAUACGUCGUACCCAUUUACAAAAAAUAUAAACUCCAUAUAACUUGGGGCGAUCAAGAUAUCAUCAAUAUUAUAUUUCAUUAUCAUCCAGGAAAGCUCUUUAUUUAUUCCUGCAGAUAUAACUAUAGGCCAGACCAUUGUAUGUACUCAAGUAUAUGCAAAGCUGCAGAGAAGAAUGGCGUUGCGGUAAUUCAUGGCUCAAGAGGGUUUUUCCAUUCUGAAAAACAGCCAAUUUUUAAGGAAAUUUAUAAUGUAUUCUACUCGUUUCAGUUAGGUAGCGAUAUUUACAGAGACUUUUAUCAACCCGUCGAAGCCCAUUUAGAUACGUUAGAAAACACGAACUGUGGGAAGUUGAAAAAUGUGUUUUUAAAAAACAUCCGAAGAUAUUUAGACUUGGAUUUUGACAAUACUUAACUGGCCGAUCCGUCCCAUAGAUUAAAACAAAACUAAUAUAAUUUAAUGUAUGUAAUUGAAAACAAAAUUGCUACAUGCCAAAUCAAAAUGUUAAUAAACAUGUGAUGAUGUAUUUUUUGAGAAUCUCCACAUGAGAUCUGUUUUUGAGUGUUAUUCAGUUUAUACACAGUUAGACUAAAGUAGAAAAAAUGUAUCAGUAUUUUCGCUUUGUGCCAAAAUUGUUCCUAUAUCAUUUAAAAACAGCUUACAAAUGUUUAACAUUGUAACAUAUUUUAAAUAAAUAUCCAGAUAAUAAAUAUA